AUGUGUCCGGAGGAGGACGGAGGCUGCGGCGAUGGAGCUGGAGGGGUCUCUUCAGCGGCAGCGGCGGUGGCAGCGACUAUUACUUCAGCCGCGGUCGGAGGAGCUGAGGGCUCGACGGUGACGGCCGGCGCCGCCGGAUCGGCCGCCGAGACGAGCGCCCUGAGCGAACUCCGCUCCUGGUGGGAAGUGCCGGCCAUCGCUCACUUCUGCUCGCUUUUCAGGACCGCUUUCCGCCUGCCGGAUUUCGAGAUUGAGGAACUUGAAGCAGCUCUUUACAAUGAUGAUGUGGAAUUCAUCAGUGACCUGAUUGCUAGUCUUCUUCAGGGCUGCUACCAGCGCAGUGAUAUUACAACCCAGACAUUUCAUGGCUAUCUUGAAGAUAUAAUCAAUUAUCGCUGGGAAUUGGAAGAAGGAAAACCCAACCCCUUGCGAGAAUGUACUUUUCAGGAACUUCCCUUACGUACCCGUGUGGAGAUACUACAUCGUCUUUGUGAUUACCGACUUGAUGCUGAUGAUGUUUUUGACCUGCUUAAGGGCUUAGAUGCAGACAGCCUCCGAGUGGAACCGUUGGGUGAGGAUAGUAAUGGUGCCCUCUACUGGUAUUUUUAUGGCACACGAAUGUACAAAGAGGAACCUGUGAAAUCAAAUGGAGACCUAAUAACUGACAGGGAAUGCGGGAUACACAAAAAUAUUCCAGACAUUACUGAAAAGGUGGUAAAAAAACGGGGGCGACCUCCAAAACGAAAAAAAAUGGUGGAGAACAUCUUAAGAGAGAAAGAAGAAGCGAAUGCACUUGUUCAUGAAGCACAGUCCAGAAAUUUUUCUCAAGGAUUGGGCCAUGGAACAUGGUGGUUAAUAUGCCAGACAGAAGAGGAGUGGAGGCAGGUUACAGAAAGCUUCCGAGAGAGAACAUCUUUAAGAGAAAGGCAGCUUUAUAAACUCCUGAGUGAAGAUUUCCUACCAGAGAUUUGCAAUAUGAUUACACAAAAGGAGAAGCGUCUGCAGCAGACAGAAUUUACUCCCAGGUGGAUAUGUGAUAGUCAAAACAUCAAGCCAAUACAUCCAGAGAUGACCCCAGUCGUGUUUAGUAGAAUGGAGAAGCAGAGACGUCGAGAAGAAGAGGAAGAACGUCAGAUCCUUUUGGCAGUUCAGAAAAAGGAACAAGAGCAAAUGCUGAAGGAGGAGAGGAAACGAGAAAUGGAAGAAAAAGUCAAGGCUGUUGAAGAACGAGCCAAGAGAAGGAAACUUCGAGAAGAGAGGGCAUGGCUGCUGGCCCAGGGAAAGGAGCUUCCCCUUGAGCUUUCCCAUUUAGAUCCCAGUUCACCAGCUAGGGAAGAGAAAACUAAGGACUUCUUUGAAUUGGAUGAUGAAUUCACUGCCAUGUACAAAGUGUUAGAUAUUGUAAAAGCUCACAAGGACUCCUGGCCAUUCCUAGAGCCAGUUGAUGAAUCAUAUGCUCCAAAUUACUACCAGAUCAUUAAGGCUCCUAUGGAUAUUUCCAGUAUAGAGAAAAAGCUAAAUGGAGGCCAAUACUACACCAAAGAGGAAUUUGUGGGUGAUAUGAAAACUAUGUUCAGGAACUGCCUUAAAUACAAUGGUGAAAAUAGUGAUUAUACUAAAAUGGCUUAUAACUUAGAGAGGUGCUUUCAUCGGGCAAUGAUGAAGCACUUUCCUGGAGAAGAUGGAGACACAGAUGAUGAGUUUUGGAUCAGAGAGGAUGUGAAGCGUGAGAAAAGAUGCCGUCGGACCAUACGUUCCAGUACAGGAAAUGUUUGGACUCGAUCCAGAGAUUCCGAAGGAUCAGGCAGAAAACAACCACAUGUACAAAAUGGAGGAAAACUUCCACCUCAUAAAGCAAAACAUCGUGUUCCCAUUUCUUCCUCAUUAUCCGUUUCUUCCUCAGCAGAAGAUUCAAGUAGUCAGUCAGUUCAAUUGUCUGGAAAGAUGCCAUCUUCUAAUGGCCGAGGCUUUCUGCAUUCACAUCACUAUGGUGGAAUGCCCAGUUGUGUAUCCCAUUCUGGGCACAUAAGACCACCUAUUCCAGGAACAUUUGAUUCUCUGCAUGGAUCUGAUCCAGCAAAACCAUAUGGAUCACCACGAGUACCAGAACCACAUCCUGGUGAGCCAAGUCAGCAGCACCAGCACUUUGCCAUGCAGCCUACAGUUGGUCUGAAUGAUCAUAGAGGAUCUCGGCUUCCAGCUCCAGAGAAGCAAGGAUGUGCUGCACCAAUGCAUGUUUCCACAGUAGGACCACAUUCUACAUCUUUGCAACUUGGUCGAAUGAGUGGCCCACCCUCAGAUGCCAAUAUGUAUUCUUCUGGGCAAUUCCAGCCUGGAUUUAUUUCUUCAAGACACAAUGGACCUCCUAUGAGACAAGGAGAGACCUCAGAGCUUCCCCCUGGCCAUAUAUACAGAUCCUAUAAAUAUCCUGCUGUAUGGAACGGAAACCAUGAUGCAACAAAUCAGAUAGCCCUGGGAAUAGACAAGAAAUCUCCUGUCGGCCCUUGCUCUCCUAUAUUGCCCCAUGCUUUGAGCCACAUAAUGGAUCCUCGGACCGUGAGACAACCUUUGCCCCCAAAUCAGUGGUCUGAGCAGUCUAAUUUCCUACCUCAUGGAGUUCCCCCCUCAGGAUAUAUCCGUCAUCCAGGAAAAGCCUCCAGUCAAAGAAUACAGCAGCAGCUUCCUGCCUCAUUAUUUGGAUCUAUCGCUCAGAUUCAGAGAGGAGCCCAGGGUGGGGAUUCCAUGAUGGACAGUCCAGAGAUGAUUGCCAUGCAGCAGCUGUCCUCCCGGGUAUGCCCACCCGGCGUGCCUUAUCACCCACAUCAGCCUCCUUCCUCACAUUUAUCUGGACCAUUCCCACAAUUAACUCAUGCAGCAACUGCUAAUAUUCAGCUUCCAAAACCAGUAUUAAGGAAUGGGAAUUCUGAAGAUGGCAGCCAGACAAUUAAUUCAGAGAACAAUCAAGAGCUUCCAGCAGAAGUGAAUCAGAAAGCGGAGUGUCUUCCAGAAGAGACAUACCCCAAGCUUCUACCUCAUUCUAAAGUCCCAUUGCAAAUGGACUGUUCCCGGCAAAAUUUAACACAGGAAGUGGAGGGAAAUAAUUCUGAUGCUAAGAACAGCUCAAAAGCAACGCAAAACAAGGGCACAUGGCCAGCAGAGAAUAACUAUACAAGUUCUGUAUCUCAGAGUUGUCUAGGUGAUAUUGUAACAGUUAUGGAGAGAGGACCAAUGCCUGAAAAUGAUGCUAUAGGUGAAGGGUCAUCUGGUGAUACUGAAGAGAAAGGUGUACCUGCUAAUAUAAUAGAAAAGCCUGGUUGCACUGGAGGUGGAAAUCUGCUAGAAGCAACUGUGGCUUGCAUGGGACAGAGUACAAGUAGCCCUGCUAGUAUGGAUGGAAAUCCAAUAGGGGGCACUUCUAGCCAAUUUGCCCCUCUUUAUAUGCCCAACAUGGAAUAUCCAAAUUCAGCCACACAAUACCACAUCAGUUCUGGAUUUCAGGGUUUUAGUGCUAUAAUGGGAGCAAAACCCCUUUCUAUAUCACAUUCGCGUUUUUCUGCUCGGGGCUUUCAUGCUAGCAACAGUUCCCAUGGCACUUACCCUCGCUAUCGUUCUCACCAGGGAGUGCCAUACCCUUACCAUCCUCAGCCACCUCCUUAUCAUCACUACCAGCAGCCUCCUUACUAUACUUGUCCACAAAGCUAUUCAGACUGGCAGAAGCCUUUCCCUCACCCAUCAAGCCCCACUGGGCAUUCACCUACCCAGUCCCCUAUGGCCAGACCACCUUUCUCAGACAGAGGGACAGUGGGCAGUGGCAUGCAGAACUGUGAAGUGCUUAGCGCCACUUUGGCUUCCCCAAAUCAAAUAGACAUAGCAGGCACCAAAGAGGAUUCAGCCAACGGACAAGAACUGUCCCUUGAAUCUGAGAAAGCAGAGGAGCCCCAAGAAAGGCCUGAGAGUCCCAAAGAAUUCCUUGAUUUGGACAACCAUAACGCCACAACCAAGAGGCAAAGGUCAGUUGCGGCAGGAGAGUAUUUGUACGGCACCUCCCUGCCGUCUGUGAGUUCUUCUGCAUUUGGAUUUGGCCCUUUCGCACCCCAUGGCAUCAUGCUGCAGACAGCAUCACCAUAUGCACCACGACAUCCAGCUGCCCACUUCCAGGCCAGAGGUUAUGGGUCAACAGUGAAUGCUCACUUGUCACAUCAUCAAGCUACCAGUCAGCCCAAUGGCCUUGCGCAUGAAGGACCUCUGUACCGUUGCCAAGAUGAGAAUGUAGGACACUUUCAGGCCUUAAUGAUGGAACAAGCAGGAUGUGGAACUAACCUGGGAAGGCAACGUACAGAUAUGUACAGAACACCAGGAAUGCACAUACAUCAGCCACAAACUCCAUUCCCAAAGGUGCCUACAUCAACUUCAACUCUGGAAGAGCUGCAACCACGAAAACCACCAGCAUUGCCUCUAGAUCAGAGCUAAUCUAAGGAAGAAUACACAGAAGAUAGAGCCACAUAUGAAUAGAUAUGGACAAAGGGAGCAUCCUUUCUAUUCUUACCUUCUUUCCUAGCAUCAUCUGGCUUCCAUGGUACUGUGCAACACAGAGUCCAAUUGACAGUGGAAUUGUCCCGAAUCUGAGCCAGCAGUAUGCCUUGUCACAAACAGUCCCACAGCGAAUCAAGAGAGAGGGUCUCAAAUUAGGGCUUUGUUUCUGAUCAGAGGGUUUAUUUCAUUCAGGGUUUAAGGAAAGUUUGAAGGACUUGAAACUUUCAUUAACUGCUAAAACUCAGGUAUAUUUUUCAGGGUGAAAGACUGGAGAUAGAGGAUAAUACUUGUAUUAAUAUGUGUGCUUGGGAUGGAAUCCAGUUUACAAUUUUUUUUAACCUUUUAACCUAUUGCCUUUAAAAAAAACAAAAGAAAAAAUUCUGUUUGUGAAUGUAUUGUACAUGAUUAGGAUUGAGGUUGUAGACUCAACAUGUGCAAGCAUAGCACUGCGAUGAUCAGAAGAUGUUUACAAUCAUGUCACACUGUUUUUGUUUUUAAGAAGGUAGAUGUAGAAACGGCAAAAUUCUUCCUCUACAAUGUGAUAGUGCUGCCUACUGGUAGUUUGGAUUUGAGGAAUACUUACUAAUGGAUCACAUUUAUUCAGGAGAAAGCACAGUGUUAGAUCUCCUGCCCGUGGAUCGUGUGCAGUACUGCUGUAGGAUGAAAGGAACUGGAAUUUUCAGAAUAUUGGGAUUUUUAUGUAAGAUGUAGCAUUUGUUUCAUCAUUUCCGAGAUUCACCCAUAUGUCAGUCAAUAUUGAAACCAUUGUCUCUAAAAUCCUAAGAUAGGAAGAAAUCUUACAGAAGCAUCUUUAGUAAAGCCCAGGGAUAUUAAUAUUAGACAAGAAAUGAUGCAUAUUAAACUAUCUGAGCAUCAUUGGCCCCAUGCUCUGAUUAGUGCAACUCAGAAAUAGAUCUCCUCCAUUUAAAUUUGAGCAUUAUAAGAGGAUCCAAAUAUGUUCUUGGGGACAGACAGCAUUUGAUUCUAUAUAUGGUUAUUGAAGCAUGUAUGCUAGAAGAGAUGAAAAUGAAACUAUGAAAUCACCUAUACAUUCACACAAUUCAUUUAAUAAUUUCAGGUAUCAUAGGACAACUUACAUAUUAGCUCAGUCCUUCACAAAUAAGUUUCUGAAUCAACCAAUGAAUUGGAGUUUGGUGGCCAACAAAUCUAAGUAAAUAAAUAAUAACAAACCUACUUGCAAACGGCUUAUAGAAAAUCUGCCAAAUACAUCAUGCUAUAAGCAAAAAUAAUGAAAGUAGCAUUGCAGAUUUAUAUGAUAAUACUUGAAUUUGUUACAAAAAUAUUUACAUUUCAGUGUGAUCGCUUGGAUUGGUCUAAUAUGGUGCUUUGCUCUAACUUAAUGAAUCUGAAAAGGUAAACACUUCUCCCAGAGAUUGUUAAAAUGUUCUAUUGACAUAUAAUUUUUCCAUUGUUAAUUGGAUUUUGUAUAAAGAUACGGGGUAAGACAGUGCUUGUCCUCAUCCCUUAGCCCCUACUCCUCCCAUUGUUUGUGACUAAAUAGAAAAGUUCCAAUAUUUAUUUAAAUUUCUCUGCUGUGUUCUACCUGGAGUGACUUCAUACCAAACAUAUCAAGCAAUGCAGAAAUGAGAAAAAUGUUCUUUGUCCCAUCCCUGUUGCAGUCCCAAAACCAAAUUAAAGACAAGCAGAUUCACAGUCAAAACCAUUUCAGAUGACCUGAUGCAGUUAAGAACAGCUAGCAUCUUGUCUGCUAAGCCGCUAAUACAACUAUUAAGGGCAGUAAUUUUCCUAAGAAACAUAUUGAAAGAAAAGACAGAUGUCUUUUCUUACAUAUACCUUAUUCAUCCAUGUAACUUCGGCAUACAAAUUAUUUUUAAUUAUUUUUUAGUUUUAAGAAACUAAAGAGAAUAACCUAAUUUUAUAAACUGGUAGGCAAAGAAUGUAUAAAAUCGAUGUAAGAUUUUAAAAAGCCCAUCUUUAGUUAGCAUUCUGAAGCAUCCUAUUCUUCCUCUUCAUCUCUUCUAGUAUGUUAGUUUGGAAACACAUUUCAAAGGCAUUGUAUUUUAGUCUUUGAAACAAAUUGGUUGAUUAUGGGGCAUGCUUAGAAAGGGAAGACCCAACUGUUCAAAACAAGGAAGCAGGGUUUUUUGCUGUAAAAAGUCUGCAAUCAGCUUAUUUGGAUGAACUUAAAACCAUCCCUCCAUAAGCAUUUAGGGUUACAGUGUAAUCUGUCAUAUCUAUAAGCAUGUGAUUUCUAAUUACUCCUAAGGAGCCAAUGAAUUAGGAUUUUGGCUUUAUUUCAUUAAAAAAGGUUUGCUUUUCAAAUAAUAAAUUAUUUUGUACAGUCAAGAUCAAUGAAUAACACAGCUAGAGCUUGUCUGAUCAUGGGUUCAGGCCUUAAUGCUUGCUGUGAUGAAAGAGCCAUCUAACGCAAUAAUCUUCUUACUCCAACCUAUCUUUGUCUGCUUACCAGUUAGAUGGGGCGCAGAAUAUUUCACCUGUGCAAGAUCUUUGCUUUUCAUGUGGAAAUAUUUUUUUUUAAAUCCUGUUUGCUUUUCUCUAAACCUUUGCGAAUAGAGUAUGGUAGAAAAUAAGAUUGUGGGAUCACUUAGAAUAAUGCUUUUCAAAAUGAAAAGUCUUGGUGUUUAAAGUUGACUCAUGUAAUCACUACUUGAAAUGUGUUUUGCCUCUGCUCCCCAAAAUAACUACUUACAUAUUAGUAUUUUGAGGGUUUUUCCUCCUUACUCAUGGUUAGAAUUUUAAAAUAAACCUUUGGUAUUAUUUACUAGCAUUAGUAUUUUGUUAGUUAUAUAUAUUUUACUCCAACUGGUGUUUCCUAUUCAAUAGUGAUUAUUGUUUUAACAGCAAGUUAAAAGUUCUCUUUUAUCAAGAGGUAGCUGUUAAUUUAAUGAGCUUCGGAAUUCUACACCUUGAUGGAAGAGAAUAAUGGUAAGAUAGUUUACUUUUCUUUGAUCCCAAAUCAGGAUUUUUUGGCUUUCAAAGAAGAAGAAUUAUUAUGUUAUAUAGAUGGAAAGACAGGUUACUCCUUUGUUAGUAUAUCAUUCUGAACCUACUUAAGAUUUAUUACCAUUUUACUAAAAACAUUUUCUCAGUGUAAGUCAAUGUUACAAUAUGUUCUAUGUAAUUAGUCCCACUGCAUUUUUCUUCAAACAAAUUUUAAGUAAACAGCCUUAAGAAAAGAGUUCUUAAUCACCAGAGAAUGUAAUUAGUUUUUUGCUUGAAUUCAAAUUCUAUCUAGCACAGGUGGAAGGAACUAGGAAGAAGGCCCAACUUCUGGGUUCUCUGAGUUUUCACCAAAUUAUGCCCUGUAGUGGCCUUUAUAAGAGUUAAGGAAGCUGGACUUUCUUUCCUCACAAUGAAGUGUGAGCAUUGUAUAAAGCAUCUUUUAAUACUCACUUUUACUACUAUGUUCAGUUUUUAAAGAAAAUAUAAACUAUUUCCCCUGAUUUGGACGUAACUUCCUAUAUGUAUAAAUUUGCAGUGGUGAAAUUAUGAGGCAGUGAUAGAAGUUGACAGUUUAUAAUGUCAGACUAGGCAGGCACUCUGGGGAAGAAGUAGCAAUAGAUAUGUAGAAGCACAUCAAAAUGGGAUGUUUAAAUUAUACCUAGAAAAUGGAAGAUACGAGAUUCCAAUAAGGAGACUUUAGUAGCAGGUCUGCAUGAAUACGUAUGCCAGUGACAAAGAUAAUUUAAUGAGUGCAAGUAAGAGAAAGGCGAGCUUCAAGGGUGCUUGAAAGCAGUGAUGGGUUUGAAAGCCUAGCAUAUCUGAAUACAUAAUUUCCUCACCGUACUGUGAAUCUGAAAGAAAAGCUAUAGGUUAGCCUGCUCUUCACACUGAGUUUCAAAGACAUAUUUUAGCUGCUAAAGCCAUCUUAGAACCAGAUGAUAAUCUUUUGAGUCAGAGGAGUUUUUAUUAAGAAAGAUUUUGUCAACAGUUUGCUUUGUCAUACUUUUAAAGAGAAUUGAGAUGCUGAUAAGCUGUAAAAAGGUAGAACAAUUAUGUGACUUGAGCACAGAUCUGCCAGGUGUAAUUGGCGGGUCCUAUAGUGCAGAAUUCAUUCAGUCCUGGAUAUCAAGAGAAUAGCCGUUACCUCUAAGGCAGACUUUCCUAACUGAUGUUCUCCAGAUUUAUGGAGCUACUAUUCCAAUAAUUUCUCAAUUGACAUGGCCAAAAGUACCAAUUUGGAGGAAGGCUGUACUACAUGAUCAAUUAUGCCAUCAAAAUAAAACAAAAGCUUUUUGUCCUUUAUAUAAACUUUACAUUUAGCCAUCAUCUUAGCUGAGCAUAAAAUGUAAAUUUUUCACUAAGCUGCAAUUUUAUUUAAAUUAUAUCAUAUUCUAGAUGUUGUGACAAUUAUUCAUUCUCCCAAGAAGUAUAAAUUGCAAGUUAGAGAUAAUAACUCACUAUAUGACCUGCUUAUUCUGGUAUUUUGCUUUUUCAUAAUAGUUUGAUGCUAGAUCCUAGAAGAAUUACUUAGCAACAAAGCACAAUAAUAAGGUUGAUUUCUCCUUUUUUUACUUAGGUACCCAAAAAUUUAAAUGGGAAGCAUUUUGUAAGAUUCCUAAGGUUACAAAUUAGACUUGCCAGUUGUUAGUUGAACCUCAUUGAAAAUAAUAAUGCUGGAAUAGAAAUAUUUUUUCUCCAAACUUUCUACAUUUUAAAGUAUCCAAUUGUUCCAUUGUUAAUUGCCCUGUUUAUUUUUUAUCUACACAGCUGAAUUUUUCCAUCCUAAAUAAAAGGAAAAAAGGUUAUCUAAUUGGGAGGAAAAAACAAAUGGAGGCCAGCUGUUGGAAAAUAUUUGUGGUAUAAAUAUGUCAAUAUUCUGAUUUUGAGCUGGCAAUGUUUUAUCAGUCAUAACCAUUCCUAAAAUAUUGUGUCUUGGGUCAAGUAUUGUAUGGGUAGAAAGGAGCUAUUUUAUUGUAAUUAAGAUUGUAAAGAAUGUAAUUUGUCUGUUAAAGUCAGAGAAAGGGAAUGUUUCUUUUUAUGAAUGCUAGCGUCUAGAUAAUAUUUUUGGUCUUGGAAGCCUUGCACAUCAAAUCCCAGUCUCCAUGAAGCAUCAAUACAAUUUUAAGUCUACAGAACUAUGAGUCAUUAUUGUAAGAGAUCUCUCACCAUCAAGCUGUGAAAAUAUCUAACAAACCCUGGCAAGAGACUGACAUAGUCUGGGCUAUGCACAACAAUGAACUUUCCACCCAGCACAGAGUGAACUUGUGUUGCAGAAGCUACCAUCAGCCCAUUGUUUAGAGACAACACCAUGGAUAAAAGCAACGAUCCACAUAUCAUCCUCUUUAUUUAUCACCUGGAGCUCAUUGCUCUUGAAAAGCCCUGGUCAAUUCCCUUGUCCAUGGACUAUAGUAUCAGGGAUCCUUUCUUUCCUCUUUGGAAACUGCAAAGAGCUAGGUUUGAACUUUCCUGGUCAAUACUGGAAAAGGGAAUACUAUUUAUUUUUAUAUUGUUUAUAUUUUCUCUUGUCCUACUGAUUCCCUGGCAGUGACUGUUACCUCAAUAGCUAGUUUAAUAAUGUGUGUUUGGAUCAU